AUGCUGGUCGAAAUGAACUCGAACAGGGGUAUUGUAGCACUGCUGGCCCUCAAGUCAUCGCUGGGAGUGACGUUCACCACGUGGGCAGCAACUGUGGCGUGCCAAAUGGGUCUGAAGGGGUCUAUUCAUGCGGACAUCUCCAAGCUCACCGCACUCACUUACCUUGACUUUGGCUACAACCUCUUCCAAGGCCGCCUUGCCUCGUUCUCCACGCCACUUAAGACCGUGCCCAGCCUCAAGGAGCUCUUCCUCCACUACAACUGGUUUGCGGGAUCCAUUCCCUCCUUUAUUGCCUCCCUGCAGAAUCUCACCACGCUAGGCCUCUUCUCCAACUACCUCACGGGCACCAUGCCCAUCCCCUCCACCUCCUUGGUCGCUCUGGACGUGGGCUUUAACUACCUCUCGGGCUCCUUCCCCCAAGUCUCCAUCAAGAGUUGUUCAGCCGACCACAACUGCUUCCUCUCCUCCUCCUACUGCCGCUCCUCCGGUCUGCUGCAGCGCCCCGCCUCCGCCUGUGCCAUCUGCGGAUCUGCUGACGGCCAGGGGGAGCUCUGCUAUGGUGGGCUGUGCGGCCCUGACAGUGCUGAUGCAGUCAGUGCAGGGACUGUAAACUCCCCCACUCUGCCCAUGGUCCCCAUGAAGUGUCUCGUGUCGUCUGUAUUGAAGGUCAAGUCAUCUCUGGGUGUCACCGACUCCUCCUGGGUCGCCGCCUCUUCCUGCACCAUCGGAGGUGGCGCCAUCAGCCUUGCAAACACCUGGAAUGGCAUGGGCUGCUCCACUGCUGGUCUUGUCACGAGCCUGAACGUGUCUUCCAUGGCCCUCAAGGGCACCUUCCAUGCCGACAUCUCCAAGCUCACCACCCUCACAUCCCUGUCAGUACCCCUCUCCUCCUUUCCCUACUCUCCCAACAAUUUGUUCCUUCCCGUCCUCCAUCGUUCCGCUCCCUUUCAUUUACCCUCUCGAGUGGUCUAG